UUGAUUUUCCGAAUUGUCAAUGGUCACUUCAACCCAACACAAACCACCUACCUCUCAAUAUGUGAAGAGAAUGACAAUUCUCCAACCUUCUCUCCUCCCUACAAUUGGACAGUAUAUGAGAACAGUCCUUCGGGCACACUGGUUGAUACAUUAGAGGCUGUUGAUGAUGAUGAUGGCUCAUUCUGUUCAUCAGAUGCCAUCAAUGAAGAAGACAAUGUCAUUCAUUACUUUAUCCUCUCAGAGAAUUUAACAGAGUUUGAUAUCGAGCAGACUACUGGAAGAGUAACUGUCGAAGGUCCCAUAGACUACGAAGAAAUUAAAAACUUUACAGUUGAGUUUUUCGCUGAAGACCUUGGCGUCCCAUCGCUCAACGGAACCACAUCAGUACUCAUUCAAGUACUUGAUGUCAAUGACAAUGCUCCAAUGUUUGAGAAAUUAAAUUACUCUGACUCUAUUGUAGAGAAUUCCACCAGUGGAACUGAGCUUGGCGUAAGGAUGCAGGUAUCUGAUGAUGACUCUGGUAUCAAUGCUGAGAUAAGAUAUCGUAUAUCAGAUGGUGAGGGUAAAGAUGAUUUCAGUAUUGAUAGUGUAACAGGUAUUGUAUCAGUCUUUAAGUCACUUGAUCGCGAGCGUCAACAAAGUUACACACUAACCAUCACAGCCUAUGAUCUGGGAUCACCAUCACUUGAAGACAACACAACAUUGUUCAUUGCUGUACUGGAUAUUGAUGACUCACCACCAAUAUUUGUUGGCGUGAGCUCAAUGUAUUACCAAACUGAGAACACAGAGGUGGGAUCACAGAUCAUAACGAUACGAGCCUUUGAUGCUGAUACCAGUAAUGACAGACCUAUCACAUACACUCCAUUGGUCAGUCUCUCUUCAUCUCCUCUCCCAUUCUUUAUCAAUGGGACAACUGGUGCUAUUAUUACUAAUGACUCACUCUGUACAACAGUUAAUGCCACAUAUGUGUUUAACGUGACUGCUCAGGAUAAACCAGGCGGUACCCUCAACUUUCAAACCACAAUGACCAUCACUCUCCUAGUUUAUGAUGAUAACAGUAUUGCACCUUACUUUGACAGGCCAGAGUAUGUCUUCCAGGUUCAAGAUGGGUCUUCCAUUGGUACUAAACUAGGCACAUAUGAAGCCGCUGAUCGUGACAUUUGCUCUUAUCCGCUGUUCUAUGACAUAAUUGACAGUACUGAUGUAUCCAUUGAUAAUGUCACUGCAGAGCUCACUGCUAAUAUUGAUUUGGAUCGUGACACUACACAUCUUCACAAAGCUACCAUACGUGUAUCUGAUAGUGGCACUAAUGAUGUUAAGACUGGUACUGCAUUAGUGUAUAUAAUUGUUGGUGGUGGGGUCAUUCCUGUUGGUAUAGAGUCAAACAGAGGCUUCCCUGUCUCUGAUCCUGUCAGAGAUUCAUCAACCUCAUUCUCUCGAGACCACAGUUACUUCUAUGAUGCUUAUAUUGGCAAUACUAAAACCUUGACUACUAGCUUGGCCCAAUGA